AUGAAAGGAGAUAAGCGUACUAGUAAACCUUCAAAUGCGGGACAACGGUUCAGCAUCUUAGCCCAUGAAGAGGAUUCACUACCAUUGAUUAGUGUAGAAGAAAAUUCACUUGCAUUGGUUAGUGCAGAAGCAAAUCACCAUACGCCAAUCCACAGUCUGCCAAUCAUAUCAUCGUUCAAUGAUCGUAUUCGUCCUAUUCUUGAUGCAGUGGAUCAGUUGAGGCACCUCAUGGUGAUGAAAGAAGGGAUACAACUCCCUACCAUUGUCGUUGUUGGUGAUCAAUCUUCGGGGAAAUCUAGUGUUCUUGAAUCACUAGCUGGCAUUAGCCUUCCUCGUGGCCAGGGAAUUUGCACUAGAGUGCCACUCAUAAUGAGGCUGCAACAUCAUCCAUCACCCACACCAGAGAUGUUCUUGGAGUUUAAUGGCAAAACAGUUCGGACAGAUGAAGCCCAUAUUGCAGAUGCCAUAAAUAUUGCCACCGAGGAGAUUGCAGGCAGUGGUAAGGGCAUAUCUAAUGCUCCAUUAACUCUGGUGGUAAAGAAGAAUGGUGUUCCUGAUCUAACAAUGGUUGAUCUUCCUGGAAUCACCAGAGUGCCUGUUCACGGUCAGCCUGAUAAUAUCUAUGAGCAGAUUGCUGGAAUUAUCAUGGAAUACAUACAACCUGUAGAGAGUAUUAUACUCAAUGUAUUGUCUGCUAGCGUUGAUUUUACCACAUGUGAAUCUAUUAGGAUGUCCCGGCAAGUAGAUAAGACUGGUGGGAGGACUUUAGCUGUGGUUACAAAGGCAGAUAAAGCACCUGAAGGGCUGCUGGAGAAGGUUACUGCAGAUGAUGUGAGCAUAGGCCUUGGCUAUGUCUGUGUGAGGAAUCGUAUUGGAGAUGAAUCUUAUGAGGAUGCGCGGAUUGAAGAAGCAAACUUGUUUGCAACUCAUCCUCUUCUUUCUAGGAUUGAUAAGUCUAUAGUUGGUAUUCCUGUUUUGGCUCGAAAGUUGAUGCAGAUUCAAGCUACUAUUAUGGCUAAAUGUUGGCCAGAGAUUGUUAGAAAGAUUAAUGAGAAGUUGAAUGGUAACCUGAUUGAGCUAAACAGGAUGCCUAAGGCUAUGUCGUCAGUUGCUGAGUUUAUGAAUGCUUUCGUCGAAGUUGUAGGAUCUGCUAAAGAGUCUAUGAGGAAAAUCCUUGUCAGAGGUGAAUAUGAUGAAUAUCCUGACGACCGUAACAUGCAUUGUGUUGCUAGAAUAGCUGAAAUGUUCACCCAAUACUCUAGUGAACUCCUCAACUGCCCAGAAAGUGACCAUACGAGAAACUUCCUGAUGGAUGAGAUUCGUGUUUUGGAUGAAUCAAAGGCUAUUGAACUUCCCAAUUUCCUUCCCCGUACAGCCUUCCUCUCUUUAAUGCAGAGAAAAGUUGAAAGGGUUUCCCACAUGCCAUUUGACUUUGUUGAAAAGGUAUGGGCUUACAUUGAAAAUGUGGUUCUGUCUGUUUUGACACACCACACUGAAAACUAUCAUCAACUUCGGUUAACCACUAAAAGGGCAUGUCAGAAUUUAAUGGUGAAAAUGAGAGAGCAGUCCACUGAUUGGGUUUCAGAGAUUGUUCAAAUGGAAAAGCUGACAGAUUACACUUGUAAUCCUGAAUACUUGAGCGAGUGGAACAAGCUGAUGGCCCAACAGCAGGCCUUCAUUGAUGCUGUUCAGAAAAAUGAUUCUUCAAAAAUACAGAUUGAAGGUUUUGGAGAGGUUGAGGUCCAGAAUCUGAGAGGGUAUCAGCCUCUUCUAUCUCAAGCAUUUGACCUGAAAAUGAGGAUAGCUGCCUACUGGAAGAUUGUAUUGAUGAGGUUGGUUGAUUGCAUGGCUCUUCAUUUGCAGCUCAGUGUUCGAAAUCUAGUGAGCAAGGAGCUGGAGAAGGAGAUUGCUACUGAAAUGAUGAGUAAUAAUGGUGGUAAGUUAGAGAAAAUGUUAGAGGAGGCUCCCUCUAUUGCAGCUAAACGUCAGAGGCUUAAUACUAGUAUUAAGUUGCUGAGGGAAGCCAAGGAUGUCUUGUCCAAUAUAAUGGACAACAUUUCUGCCUUCGUUGAAUAG